UCCUUCCGGGACUGCGACGCCUCCGCUCUGGCUGCCGUCGCCUGCCUCCUGGUCCUCUUUGUCUGGUACUGCUACCACGUGGGGCGGGAGCAGCCCCGCGCCUACACCACGGUCAACGCGCUGAUGCAGAGCGCGGAGGCCAACGGUGUGCAGAACGGCUACGUGUACUGCCACUCGCCCGAGUGCGUGCGCUGCACGCACAACGACGGGCUCAACCAGAAACUCUACCACAACCUGCAGGAGUAUGCCAAGCGCUACUCCUGGUCCGGCAUGGGCAGGAUCCACAAGGGCAUCCGCGAGCAGGGACGCUACCUCAACAGCCGGCCCUCCAUCCAGAAACCAGAAGUCUUCUUCUUGCCCGACUUGCCCACCACACCCUAUUUCUCCCGGGACGCUCAAAAGCACGACGUGGAGUUGCUGGAGCGCAACUUCCAGACCAUCCUGUGCGAGUUUGAGACCCUCUACAAGGCGUUCUCAAACUGCAGCCUCCCGCAAGGAUGGAAAAUGAACAGCACACCCAGCGGCGAGUGGUUCACCUUCUACCUGGUGAACCAGGGCAUGUGUGUGCCCAGGAACUGCCGGAGAUGCCCACGGACGUACAGAUUGCUCGGGAGCCUCCGCACCUGCAUUGGCAACAAUGUCUUUGGGAACGCGUGCAUCUCCGUGCUCAGCCCGGGCACCGUCAUCGCCGAGCACUACGGACCCACCAACAUCCGCAUCCGCUGCCACCUCGGUCUGAAGACACCCAGCAACUGCGAGCUGGUGGUGGGGGGUGAGCCCCAGUGCUGGGCUGAGGGUCGGUGCCUGCUCUUCGACGACUCCUUCCUGCACACGGCGUUCCACGAAGGUGCUCCGGAGGAAGGUCCUCGCGUGGUCUUCAUGGUGGACCUGUGGCACCCCAACGUGGCUGCUGCCGAGCGCCAAGCCCUCGACUUCAUCUUCGCCCCGGGACGAUGA